UUCAUUCAAUUAGCAUCAUCUAUUAUAUAUUAUAUCGAUCCACCAAUUACGAAUGCUUGUUCGAUUAUGUAACUGCGUGUGUACGAUAACUGACCUAACCUAAGAUGUCUUUCUUAUAUACAGUAAUACAGUACGGAAAGUCUGAGAAACUGCUCCAUGUGAAUCAUUGGAGCCGAUCGUUGUAUUUGUUUCGUUUUGAUAUUAAUACGUCUGAUAAAAAUAAAUUAAAAUGGUUGAGGAACAAAGGAGACGAGUCGAAGAGUAUAUGAAUAAUAUGGUGGAAGAAAUUGAUAAGUCGUACCUGAGAAAAAUGCAGGGUGACAUGCAUAGAUGUGCCGCAACUUGUUGCGAUAACGAGGUUUACAGCGUGCAAAAAGUACAUAAUUGUAUAGAAAAUUGUAGUACUUCUUUGAAUAAAGCCCAACAGUAUAUUCAAAAGGAAUUUGAAAGAUCUCAGAAUCGAUUACAAAGAUGCAUAUUGGAUUGCAAUGAUAAAAUAAAAGAUAAAAUGGGACCAAAUCCGACGCAGAAGGAAGUAGACAGGUACAGUGAAGAUUUUGAGAAAUGUGCCACAAAAUGUGUAGAUAAUUAUUGUGAAAUAUUACCUAGUUUAGAGAAAACAAUGAAAAAAGUUUUAUCUAAUAAAUCGUAUGAAUAAUUACGCAAAUUACAUUAGUAUUUUAUACAAACAUAUCCAGCCUAAGGAGAAAACAGGAUAUAACAAAUUCCAUGAUCAUAGUAUUUAUUAACUAGUACACUUGAUGAUUGCAGUGGUACAUUUUCGUUUCUCUUUUUAUUUUCUCUCUCGUUCAACGUAAUAACAAAUUCACCGUUGCAAUUAAUAUCAUUUCUUUAUUGUUACAAUAGACAUUACGCUUAUUGCACACUUUUUUCAUGAUAUAAAACCUUCCCACCACUCUCGCUCGAUACAAAAUAAUCGGUCAAAAUAUGUCGCGUAAAUUCUGAUCUAAACUGUAAAAAUCUGCAAAUAAACCGUUUAAAUAAUAAUAAUUUAAAUAUAAAUAUCAACACAAUAUAGUUCACUUGUUUCUUCGUGUGUACGAGUUUCUAUGAAAGUUGACAUUGGGCUUUGUAUCUUUCUAUUCUGUUUCAUUCUUGAAGAUUAAUUUACAAUGUUCGUCUUCAAUCCCUUUUCAUUUCUUGUCGUAGCUGCAAAGAUUGGGGUGGCUCGGUGCAUUUGUCGCGCAAUGCGUGGCUAAGCGAAGCGGCUAGCGAUAGAGAUAGCCCUUCGCUGAUAUGCAAAUUCGCAAAAGUUCGAUGAAAGUGUUUACAUUUCGAGUAACGACACUACUUUGUUUUAUUUAUUUCCUUUCUUUUUUUUCUUUCAUACGCUUGUUUUUCAAAAUUCCUAAAUAUGACUCGUACAUGUGUCGAUCGUGGCUCGAUGUCGUUAAGUGGAAUGGCAUGAGUUUUGGGAAAUGUCAAUUUUCUCAGAUGUCUCGAGGUAUAAGUGAAUGCUGCGGUAUAUUUCGCACCUGGCGUCGCACGGAUUGAGAAAAAAAAGGUCUAUGUAACAUUUUGCAUCCCAAUCAUCAGACUCUUCGGACUAGAUUUCUUUUUUUUUUCUUCUUUAAUAAGAUUGAGAUUACGCGCUUCUUUAUCAAACGCUGGUCAUAAUGUGAGUAGCUGUAGGUACGUCUGGUAGAAAAAGAA